GCUCACCUAAGAUAAAUGCCCACGUGUUUGCUGAUCUUAGUCCUCUGUUUCUGACCAGCCAGCAUUCGGCCCCGAUGCCAAGCGUAGACCCGUGCCACUGGAUUUAGAGGAAAAGCUUGAGGCAGCGCGGAGCCGAGAUGAGCGGAGCUCAGGAGCAGGUUGACAUCCUGACGACCUCUGCGCUGGUCAGGGAGCGAUGGAAAGUGCUUAAGAAAAUAGGUGGCGGUGGCUUUGGGGAGAUCUAUGAGGCCCUUGACUUGCUAACCAAAGCCAAUGUAGCACUUAAGGUGGAGUCAGCCCUGCAACCAAAACAGGUGCUCAAGAUGGAGGUGGCUGUGCUAAAGAAACUGCAGGGUAAAGACCAUGUGUGUCAGUUUGUGGGAUGUGGUCGCAAUGACCGAUUCAACUAUGUUGUCAUGGAGCUUCAGGGUUGUAAUUUGGCGGAUUUGAGAAGGAGUACGAACCGUGGGACGUUCACAGUCAGCACCACACUUAGACUUGGCCGGCAGAUACUGUCAGCCAUCGAGGGCAUCCACUCUGUUGGUUUUCUGCACCGAGACAUUAAACCAUCCAACUUUGCCAUGGGCCGGUUCCCUCGUACCCGUCGCACCUGCUACAUGCUGGACUUUGGUUUGGCACGCCAGUUUACAAAUUCAAGCCAAGAAGUCAGACCGCCUCGUCGUGUGGCAGGGUUCAGGGGGACAGUACGAUAUGCUUCUGUCAAUGCUCACAAGAACAAGGAAAUGGGCAGACAUGAUGAUCUGUGGUCUUUGUUCUACAUGCUGGUGGAAUUCUUGGUUGGUCAGCUGCCAUGGAGGAAGAUCAAAGACAAGGAGCAAGUGGGAAAGCUGAAAGAAACAUAUGACCAUCGCCUCAUGCUGAAGCAUUUACCUCCAGAGUUUGGUGUCUUCCUGGACCAUAUUAACAGCUUGGACUACUAUACCAAACCAGACUAUGAGCUUUUAAUGACUGUUUUUGAGAAAAGCAUGAAAACCUACAAUGUAGUGGAGAAUGAUUCGUAUGACUGGGAGAGGACGGGAACAGAUGGUGCUCUGAGUAUGAAUAUAGCUGACAACAUGCCUCAGAAUCAUACACGCCUUACGCCAGCCUAUAUGGGUAUGGCUAAUGCUUCCCUGGUUCAUGGAGACCUACUGAAGGAGAACACUGAUGAAGUCCUGCAGGACGAGCAGCUUAGUGACGGAGAUAACCACGUCGGCCCAGAGCACCCUCCUAAUUCACUCAUCCCCACAGUAAAAAACCCAGAAGCUGAUGGGUGGGAAGAUUUAGACCGCAACUGCAAUGUUAUCCUCUGGAAGGGGCCAACAGAGCAGGAACACAAUAACCAGGGCAGUCCAAGCCCUCAUCCUGGCCCCAACCUGGGUUCUCCUGUGCGUUUACGUUCUGAUGGGGUGGGUUCUGAUAGGGAUGCUCCCCUUCUAAGGAAACUACGCAACAUCCACAGCUUUGAGCUAGAAAAGAGACUUACCCUGGAGCCUAAGCCCAACACUGAGCGCUUUGUCGAGGCCUGUAUGGAACAGCAGGUGCCUGGUUCAGGACAAGAGAAAGGUUCCAGGUUUGGUGCAGUGCCUGCUGCUCCUGCUCAUGUGUGGCACUACGAUGAGGAGAUCAUCUCAAGAGGGAGUUCACCUAAACCAGCCUCCCCUGGCUCUUUGGAGCUUGGAGAUGGAGCACCCAGUAGUGGUUUUGUCGCGCUGCAUCUCAUUUCAGACCGGCAGGAAGUGGACUUACAUGAUUGGGUAAUGGUGGAGCAUAUCUCUGACCCGCAGGAGGCUGAAAGUAGCCCAGGACCUGAUGCAAAGCUCACCAGCAGCCCCUCAGAGGAGCCGGAGGGAGAGCCUGUGGUAGUGCAACCAAUGGACGAGUCUCCUGACAGGGAACAGUCCACUCCAAGUGCCACUCAGGGCCAUAUUCUGGCUUCACCCAAAGUGGAAAGGCUGGAACUAUGUGUGGUGCCUGCGGGCGGCUUGGCUGCAGUUACACCAACUAGUCCUGCUGAAGCACUUGCAGAGGGCGCACUCACACAGCUCCCUACCUCUCCUGCAUCCCUACCAGAGGAGGUGAUGAUCCGAACACUUCUGCGCUCCCCCAGUCCUCACGCCCUCCUAAACACACUGUCAGAUCCCCUGCAUCAAAGCUCUCCACCAGCCAUUCGCCGCAGCCAAUCUGCAGAACCCCAUAACCAGCACCGCCCUUCUUCCUGCUUCACCUCCCAACCCCGCACCACCCACAGGAAACUGCCAGCUAUUCCACUGGGUGCUUCCAACACCAAGAUCCCUUCAGUCAUACGCAUCACACGUGCCCAGCUGCAGCAGAUGAAGGCUCAGCGUGCAUCUGCACUCUCCUCCCAGUCAGCAUCUGACAGCAUGCCACAGUGUCCUCUGCUGGACAAACUCUCUACCAUUGAGAAAGAGGCCCUGCCACAGGACUCCACCCCUAAUAUUCACUCCCCUGUGGAGCCACCACAGACCCAGCAUUUAUGCCCCUCAAACAUCAACGAAGAGAAUCUGCAGAAUGGGCAAAGAAGUCGUCAGAAUCCCAGCCCAGUGCCAAGCUCAGAGGCCUUACCUCAAUCUCCCUGCAAUCCAGUGCCCAUGAAUGGUAAUAUCGAACACCCUGCAGAUACCCCAAGCAAGCUGUUCUGUGGGGACACUAAGAUGGACUCAGAUUGCUCCACAGAGCUCAACCAGAACACCCCUUUGAAGGAAAAUAGAAUAUCUCCUGCAGACAGCACCAGUCCUGCUCAAGCCUCUCCAGUCAAGGCUCCAUCACGAGACCCAAGUCGCCGUCUGAGCCGCAUCCCUGUCCUUGAGCCCUCCUGUCUGCUGCAGGACGUUCUCAUAGGCUCAGCUAAAGAAAAGCUGCUACAAAAACAAGGUCAGCGCCUCCCCAACUCUCCCUGUGCCUCAACUUGUGCCUCACCCUCAUUGUCUUCAGUCCAGCGCGACCGGCUUUCCUCCACUUCUGCCUCUGAGCGCUCACAGGAUGAUGAGUCUAUUCCAGGCUUGAGGCAGGGUGACGAUGCCCCUUCGCUUUCUUCCUCAUCACAGUCACACAAGAGCAAGAUUCCCAGGCCAGUGAGACGCUCCUCUACAGGAGGACAGCAAUCUCAGUUCCUGCCACGGCCACCUCCUGGUAAACCGCCCUGCCGCUCAUCUGCUGACGGGAGGUUGCGGCGUUACCGGGUCAGGGCGGGCAGCACCGGCGACUCUGACUUGCUGACAUGCCUAUCUCAGCUGAUGCAUGAUGGCAAAAGCCGCUCAUCGUCCCUUAAUGGCCACUGCUCCAUGCAGCCUGUGGGCACCAGGCUGGUGUGUAUCAGUGCAUCGGGCACUGCCCAGCACCAUCACCACCACCAACGCAGCUCCAGCGCUUCUCCCCGCAGCUGCUCCUCACUGCAGCGCUCCAUCAGCUCCUCACCCUCCCGCCAUGAGCACCGUGUCGGCUUUCUGCGCAGUCGCUCGCCGCCAAGUUUCUCGGGAUCCCCACCCUUGCGUCGUGCCCAUUCUCAUGCCCAAGAGGGCAGCUGUGGCCAUAAAGCUCGUUCCAAAACCUGUAGUCGGGAGACCAAAUGCUCCAACAAGCUGAGCAGAUAGUUUUACCUUCCACUCAUCUACACUUUGGUCGCCAUCCAGCGGAGAAGAAAAAAAUUUACUUGAUUUGGAACAGCCAAGUUUUUGUGCCUGCUCCUUUGCAAAACUAUAUUGUACAUAGUAUAUAAUAAUUCCAUAAGUAUUCCACAUAUAGUGUCCAGUUUUACUCCUGCAUAUUCCCAGUAUUCUGCUUCUUUGCAGGCACUUGAAUUAAUAGACAGUAAGACAGACUGUCUCAGCUUUUUACCUACAUUUUGACCGUCCUGUUAAUUCCCAAGAACUCUUUCAGAACAGUGACUGUAAUUUAAAAAAAUUUUUAGGUAAAUUAUAGGUUUAGUAUUUUAGUUUUUAUGCAGCUAGGGCACUAAUACAGGAGUUUGCUUAUUCCUGGAAUGCAUGGGA